AUGCUCGCCUACUGCGUGCAGGAUGCCACCGUGGUGGACGUGGAGAAGCGGAGGAACCCCUCCAAGCACUAUGUAUACAUCAUCAAUGUGACCUGGUCCGACUCCACAUCCCAGACCAUCUACCGGAGGUACAGCAAGUUCUUUGACCUGCAGAUGCAGCUUUUGGAUAAGUUUCCCAUUGAAGGUGGCCAGAAGGACCCCAAGCAAAGAAUCAUCCCCUUCCUCCCAGGCAAAAUCCUCUUCCGGAGGAGCCACAUCAGGGACGUAGCUGUGAAGAGGCUGAAGCCCAUCGAUGAGUAUUGCCGGGCCCUUGUCCGGCUGCCGCCCCAUAUUUCACAGUGUGAUGAAGUCUUUCGGUUCUUUGAGGCCCGACCGGAGGAUGUCAACCCCCCCAAAGAAGACUACGGCAGUUCCAAGAGAAAAUCAGUGUGGCUCUCCGGCUGGGCUGAGUCUCCCAAGAAGGACGUGACAGGUGCCGACACCAACGCCGAACCCAUGAUCCUGGAACAGUACGUAGUGGUGUCCAACUAUAAGAAGCAGGAGAACUCGGAGCUGAGCCUCCAGGCCGGGGAGGUGGUGGAUGUCAUCGAGAAGAACGAGAGUGGCUGGUGGUUCGUGAGCACCUCUGAGGAGCAGGGCUGGGUCCCUGCCACCUACCUGGAGGCCCAGAAUGGUACUCGGGACGACUCAGAUAUCAACACCUCCAAGACUGGAGAUGUGUCCAAGAGACGCAAGGCCCAUCUGCGGCGCCUGGAUCGCCGGUGGACGCUGGGCGGGAUGGUCAACAGGCAGCACAGCCGAGAGGAGAAGUAUGUCACCGUGCAGCCUUACGCCAGCCAAAGCAAGGACGAGAUUGGCUUUGAGAAGGGAGUCACCGUGGAGGUGAUCCGGAAGAAUUUGGAGGGCUGGUGGUACAUCAGAUACCUGGGCAAAGAGGGCUGGGCGCCAGCAUCCUACCUGAAGAAAGCCAAGGACGAGCUGCCAGCACGGAAGAAGAAUCUGGCAGGCCCGGUGGAGAUCAUUGGGAACAUCAUGGAGAUCAGCAAUUUGCUGAACAAGAAGGCAUCCGGGGACAAGGAGACCCCCCCGGCUGAAGGCGAGGGCCCGGAGCCCCCCAUCACCAAGAAGGAGAUCAGCCUGCCCAUCCUCUGCAAUGCCUCCAAUGGCAGCGCGCUGGGCAUCCCCGAGAGGACCGUCUCCAAGCUGGCCCAGGGCUCCCCAGCCGUGGCCAGGAUUGCCCCUCAGAGGGCCCAGAUCAGCUCCCCGAACCUAAGGACAAGGCCUCCCCCUCGCAGAGAGUCCAGCCUGGGAUUCCAGCUGCCGAAGCCGCCAGAGCCCCCUUCUGUUGAGGUGGAGUACUACACAAUUGCUGAAUUCCAGUCGUGCAUUUCUGAUGGGAUCAGCUUUCGAGGUGGACAGAAGGCAGAGGUCAUCGACAAGAACUCGGGUGGCUGGUGGUACGUGCAGAUUGGUGAGAAGGAGGGCUGGGCCCCCGCGUCCUACAUUGAUAAGCGCAAGAAGCCCAACCUGAGCCGCCGCACGAGCACUCUGACACGGCCCAAGGUGCCCCCGCCGGCACCGCCCAGCAAGCCCAAGGAGGCCGACGAGGGUCCAGCUGGCCCCGGCGAGAGCCAGGACUCCCCUCUGAGGCUCAAGUACGAGGAGCCCGAGUAUGACAUCCCUGCCUUUGGCUUCGACUCAGAGCCGGAGCUGAGCGAAGAGCCCACGGAGGACGGUGGCUCGGGGGACAGGCGGCCCACCCAGCCCCGCAGGCCCUCGCCCGCCUCCUCGCUGCAGCGCGCCCGCUUCAAGGUGGGUGGAUCCACAGAGGACGUGGCCCUGGAGGAGGAGACCAUCUACGAGAACGAGGGCUUCCGGCCGUGUGUAGAGGACGGCCUGUCGGCCAGACGCUCCUCCCGAGACAGCGACUCCCCAGGGGGCUCCCCACUGUCCCUUGCCAGGAAAAAUUCCCCCAGAUCGGACUCCCCCAAAUCAUCCUCGCUUCUGAAGCUCAAGGCGGAGAAGAACGCCCAGGCAGAACUGGGAAAGAACCACUCCUCAGCCUCCUUUUCCUCCUCCAUCACCAUCAAUACCACUUGCUCCUCCUCCUCCUCCUCUUCCUCCUCAUCCUUAUCCAAGAACAGCGGGGACCUGAAGCCCCGUUCUGCCUCGGACGCGGGCAUCCGUGGCACUCCCAAGGUCGGGACGAAGAAGGAUGCCGACCCAAAGGUUGGCCUGACCUCUUGUGCUCGGGCCAAGCCAUCAGUUCGGCCCAAGCCGUUCCUGAACCGCUCAGAGUCCCAGAGUCAAGAGAAGAUGGACAUCAGCACUUUACGGCGCCAGCUGAGGCCCACGGGCCAGCUCCGGGGUGGCCUCAAGGGCUCCAAGAGCGAGGAUUCCGAGCUGCCCCCCCAGACGGCCUUCGAGGGUCCCAACGAGGGGUCCAGGAGAGGCUCAGCCGACCUCAUCACCCUCCCUGCCGCCACGCCCCCCUGUCCCACCAAGAAGGGGCGGGAAGGGCAGGCCACCUCCUAUACAACAUGCAGUGCCUACCAGAAGGUCCAGGACUCGGAGAUCAGCUUCCCCGCGGGCGUGGAGGUACAGGUGCUUGAAAAGCUAGAAAGCGGCUGGUGGUACGUGAGGUUUGGGGAGCUGGAGGGCUGGGCCCCCUCCCACUAUCUGGUGCUCGGUGAGAACGAGCCAUCCGACCCUCCUGGCAAAGAGACAGACACAGUGGCGCCCAAGAGCAAGCAGAACGAGGGCAAGUCGGACAGCCUGGAAAAGAUCGAGAAGCGCGUCCAAGCGCUCAACACCGUCAACCAGAGCAAAAGGGCCACGCCGCCCAUCCCCUCCAAGCCGCCCGGGGGCUUCGGCAAGACCUCGGGCGCUGGGGCGGUGAAGAUGAGGAACGGCGUGCGGCAGGUGGCCGUCAGGCCCCAGUCGGUGUUCGUGUCCCCGCCACCCAAGGACAGUAACCUGUCCUGCGCCCUGAGGAGGAACGAGUCGCUCACGGCCACCGACAGCCUCCGAGGCGUCCGCCGGAACUCCUCCUUCAGCACCGCCCGCUCGGCAGCCGCAGAGGCCAAGGGCCGCUUGGCUGAACGCGCUGCCAGCCAGGGCUCGGAGCCCCCCCUGCUGCCCACUCAGCGCAAUGGCAUCCCCGUGUCCCCCGUGCGCCCCAAGCCCAUUGAGAAGUCCCAGUUCAUCCACAACAACCUCAAAGAUGUGUACGUCUCGAUCGCAGACUAUGAGGGGGACGACGAGACGGCGGGCUUCCAGGAGGGCGUGUCCAUGGAGGUCCUGGAGAGGAACCCCAACGGCUGGUGGUACUGUCAGAUCCUGGACGGGGUGAAGCCCUUCAAAGGCUGGGUGCCCUCCAACUACCUGGAGAAAAAGAACUAG